AUGAAGCGAGCCUCGUAUCCGGCGGACUCGCUUGCGGCAUGGCUUCACCUGAACGAAGUAGUCGCCAAUGGAGUCACAUUCCAAAAAACUGGUUCUGUCGAUGCAGAUAGUGACAAAGGCAAUGCAAUUGUAGCCACCGAGUCUUGGGUCAGCAAUGAGAGCGAUGCGGAACCCACAAUUCUCCUUCGAGUCCCGGCGGACUUGAUCCUGUCUUUGGAAACCGUUCAUGAUCAUGCUAAAUCCGACCAUCAUUUGCGUGAAGUCUUGGAGCUGCGGGAGGCUUUGGCACUCCCGGACAUUCCUCAGACUAUAGGUGUCUCGAGUCCCUGGGCUGAUUAUGUCAAGUUUUUUCCUGAACGAUUCCCUCUCCCGACUUUCUAUUCGGAUGAGGAGAUAUCGCUGCUCAAAGGUACUUCGCUGGAAUCUCCAUUGGCAAGCAAAGUCGCGGCGUUGCAACGCGAGUUCGAGCAUCUCCGCCAGGCGACCGAAAGUAUUCCAUGGUGUCGACAGUGCUGGUGGGAUGAGGACACGGGUAAAUUGACUCUCCAUGACUGGCUAUAUGUUGACGCUGCGUAUCGAUCACGCAUGUUAGACUUGCCCGGGAUUGGACAUGCUAUGGUGCCUUGCAUCGAUAUGGCCAAUCAUGCCGGUGAGAAGAAAGCCAAGGCUCUCUACGAUAUGGACGCCGCGGGUAGAGUGAUUCUUCAGUUGCGUUGGGGCCAAAGUGUUCACCAGGGAGAGGAGGUGACUAUCUCAUACGGCGAUGAAAAGUCCGCAUCAGAGAUGUUUUUCACUUACGGAUUUUUGCCGGAUGAUUUAUCUGACGCCAAGCAAGUGAUGCUGGACAUGACAUUCCCUGAUGACGAUCCGCUGGCAGUUGCGAAAAAUAUGCUUUGUCACAAGGACCCUGGUGUCAAGAUAGUCGCGCGCGAAGACGAAGACCAGGCAUCAGGUAGUGCCCCACAGAUUUACUGGGAAAGUCAAAUUCUCUGGUGGGCAAGUGUGAACGAAGAAGACGGUCUUCAUAUCGGGGUCGCGCAACGAAUGGAUGGCACCAAAGAACUUGAAGCGACGUGGAAGGACAAGAAAAUUGAGUCUCCCGGUCAGCUUCAAGAGUUUCUUGCAUCUGAUCCAUCGUGGGAUAUUUUUCAAUUACGGGCAGUGGUGUUACUUCUCGAUCAGGUAGAGACUCUACUGGCUUCAUCUCAUCAAUUCGACAACAUCAUGGAUCGCAUCCAUGACGACGAGAUCCUCACGGGGAUGCAUGUUCGCCCAGGAAUAAUCACUGAGAUCUUCAAGUUACGGGAGCUUGAAGGAAUCCUGAUGCAGCGCGCGGUUCAAACUCUCACGAGUCAGAUAUCGAGUGUCACCAUUCCCGAUGAGGCCUUUGCAGAUCCUCCCCCCGAUGAAGCACAAAACGGUGCCAUGGUUCAUCGUCACAUCGGUAUUCGUUCGGGCAAGAUUCGCUCCGCCGGCUUAUGGAAGCGACACGAUCCUUAA